UUCCCUCGCCUCCCUUCUCCAACUAUCACCAUGCGGGCACAGCGGCACGUCCUCCUCUUCCUUGUCCCCGCGUUCGCAGCCGCGCUUGCUUUCGCGGCCCCGUCAACGGACGACUUCGGGAGCGCGAUUACCUCAUCUCAGGAGCGCGCCCUGGUUCGGAGGCACGGAGACAUGCACGAGAAUAUGCAUGCUGCACCGGUCAUCGAACUGAACGAGACCAAGCUCCUCAUGUACCAUCAGCCAACUCCGCCAUCCUACUACACCAUCGACUUUGAAGAUGACUCGGGUGCUCCGAGGUACCCAGGCUUUAUGAUCCUUCAUAUCUUGUUCAUGUCCCUCGCCUUCUUCGGAGCACUUCCUGUCGGCAUUGCACUCCGCUCCGUCAAGCAUGCAUGGCACGGACUUACUGUGGUUCUCUUUUGGGCGUUUGUAGUACUUGGACUGGCUUCGAAUGGGAUCUAUCGCAAGUUGACACCCGACAUGUAUGAAGGGCAGACGCAUGGUUCGCAAGGCUAUUUCGUCCUCUUUGUGGCGGCAGCGAUUUCCGCACUCGAUUUGAUCGCCCUGGGCGGGCGUCUAGUGUCCUACAUCAGGAGCAUCAGGUCCGGCGAAGAAAGCUUCACUUUCAAGUCGUGCUGGAACACCGUAGUACUUGACCGCGAAGCGCCUGUGCGUGGCGUUGGUGCCGAGUAUACUGGCCUCGCAUCAGAGGAGCCAGAGGAGCCAGAGGACUACGAGACUGUCGAGCUCAAAGCGAGGGAGGUUGAAGACGAUGGCGCGGCUGAACCCAUCCACGUGCGCCGUGCUCAAUCCGUGGUCCCGAUUGAUUCGACGCCCAGCCCCCGAUCGUCGACCGAGGACCAUGCUCAGUGGGCUAACAAUGCGCCACGACACGCCGCAUACCCGCAGGACGCAUCUUCGGACCACACAAUGUUCGAGCGCACGCAUUCGCAAAGAGGCUCUGUUCACUCGGAUGAGACCCUUCAAGAUAACGUCCACAGCAGCUUGAAGUUCAGCAAGAUCGCGAUUCUGAAGAUGAUCGGUCGCGGUACUUUUGCUACCGUUGAGCGUACAUUGGUCUUCGCUGGUUAUUUCCAGCUCAUUACCGGCAUUGUCAUCUACACCGGAGGUUGCCGCCAGAAUUACACUAACGGCUGCCUUGCGCACUUAAUUAAGGGUGGAAUCUUUUGGUGUUACGGCCUUGCCACGUUCGGUCGUUUUCUCGGCUCCUUCUCUGAACUCGGUUGGGCGUGGAACCGCGCCCCCAGCGGCAACUAUCCUUCGGCAGAAUUUACCGAGUCAUUUGUUAUCUUCCUUUACGGCAUUACCAACACCUGGAUGGAGCGCUUCGGCGCACAUCCUGGAGACCCAUUCACCACCAAGGAAGUACAACACAUCUCCAUCGCCGUCAUGUACUGGUUCGCCGGCCUCAUUGGUAUGGCUAUCGAAUCCAAGCGCGUUCGUCGCUGGCUCGCUUCAAGUGCAACGGCUGCUCUUCCAAAAGCUAGUCGUUCACAAGAAGCUGUCGCGGAGCCACCGAGCUACAUCGCGAGCUUCAAUCCCUUCCCCGCACUUUGCAUCGGCAUUACCGGCGCUGCCAUGGCUGCGCAUUUCCAAGAGUACUUGUUCCAAGUACAAAUUCACCAGCUUUGGGGCAACCUCCUGACCGCGUUUGCCGUUCUCCGCUGCGUCACCUACUUCUUCCUCUGGCUCGGCCCCCCGCGCAGUAUCUUGCCUUCUCGCCCACCCACCGAAGCUCUCGCAUCCUUCUUCCUCUCGUGUGGCGGCCUUGUCUUCCAGUUCUCCACGGAAGAAGUUACCAUUGCCGCUAUGCGCCGUGGCCACGACGAUAUGAUGAUGUUCCUCAACGUCGCCGUCGCCGUUACCUGCUUCGCGUUCUGCUGGGCUCUCUGCAUUGUCGCCUUCAAGGGCUGGCUGAAAAGUCAUUCGCAGAGGACUGUGAAGUUCCACAGCUCAGCGUAACUGGGCGCCACGAAGACUCCGCUAGAUUUAACGACUAUCCUAUCUUCGCAUACCACGCCAGAUGGCACGAUUACUUUACGUUCCUCGCAAUUUAUUGAACAUGCGCGAUUUUUGCCCAACGACCUCCUCAUGUCCCUCCCGCUAUCGCAACAUUUCCAUUCCGUCCGCAGGGCUUCCUUCGCGCUUGAUGUCGUUGUGACUGCACCUUGCAUUUAACUUAAGUCUUUUCUCGCCGCACGUCAUGUGGAUGUCUACCGCAUUCUGCUCUCCUCCACGCACAUUCCCGUAUUGUACAGCUCCCUGUUCCCACUGUAGCGCUCCC